CACAGUCUAACCGUUUGAUGUGUGGAAUCAGCGUGAUGAUUGGGGUUGUUGCUUAAUGUUAUGUGCCAUGCAAGAUGUUCACGCCUAAUGAAUGGUCUCGAUGAAGUGAUAUCAUGUCCACGUGUACGGUAAAGAUGAGAAACCGCUAAUUGUUGUUGUGUGCAGGGCACUAUCUUAUAUCUUUUCCUCAGAAACAAAACCCACCAUCCAUUAUUUCCAUCUCGCGUCUAAAGAGAACUCACUCCGAUUCAAUUUUUGCCGGUGAAGAGCUGCCGGAAAAGUUCUUCAAUCUCCAACCGGAGAUCAACCACUCGUUCAAAUUACCCGCCUUGUAUCGAAGGUGAUGGAGAGUCAGUAGAGAAGAAGAUCGGACACUAUUCGAUCAAUUCUCUAGUUUCGAGAGUGGUCUUAACGAGAACAACCUCCGAUCUUCUUCUCGAAGAUGCUUUCUGUUAAAGGUUGGAGCAGGUAUCAGGCCGUGCAUGCGUCAUUGAUGCAUAAUCCAUACUAGACGAAGCCCAUAAACUGCUGGAACGGAGUUUGGGUUUCGCUUGGUCGUCCAGGAAAGGCGAUUGUACAGACGCAAGGGUUCGUGUUUACUCAUAUUUCUUCCUAGGCGGGAGAAGGGAAGCACAGUGUUCAGAACUCUAUUUGAUCGUGCUUUAGAAAGCUUGCAGUUACACAUCGAAGCAAAGGGGUGAAAAUGUCUUUCCAGAGCAAGGGAUUAUGGAUGGCAAAAGGUCCUGGGUGUUUAAAUGAUGGUGAGAUAUCAUAUGACAAUUCUUCCAGGAUCGAACCAAAACGCGCUCAUCAAUGGUUUGUAGAUCCUACUGAACCUGAACUGUUUCCCAACAAGAAGCAAGCAAUGGAUGCUUCGAACAGUAAGCCAAUUUCAGGGAUUUCAAAUGUGAAUUUCUCUCCAUGGGAGAAUGUUUCGAGUUUCCAGUCAGUGUCAGGCCAAUUUAGUGAUCGGUUAUUUGGAUCAGAGCCAGAGAGGACUAUCAACUUUGGUGUUAACAACAUUCCAUCUGUGAAUACGGGGCACUUGAAUAUGGGAAGAAAGGUUUUUGAGGACCAAUUUGGAAAUGAUCCUUCUGUCGGUUUAUCUAUUUCUCAUACAAUGGAAGAUCCUGCCUCCUGCCUCAGCUAUGGUGGUAUUAGAAAAGUUAAAAUUAAUCAAGUCAAGGACUCUGAUAAUGGCAUAUCGGUGUCAAUGGGACACAUAUACAAUAGGGGAGACAACAAUAUGAUAUCAAUGAGUCAAACUUAUGAUAAGAGGGAUGGCAAUAUGAUGUCAAUGGGUCAUGCAUAUGACAAGAGAGAUGACAAUACUAUAUCAAUUGGUCAUACUCAGGCCUAUGAUAGGAGGGAUGACAAUACCAUAUCAAUGGGUCAUGCCUAUAAUAAAGGAGACAAUAAUACCAUAUCAAUGAGCCAUACCUACAAUAAGGGGGAUGAAAAUACCAUAUCAAUGAGUCAGACCUACAAUAAAGCUGACGAAAAUACCAUAUCAAUGGGACACAUCUACAACAAAGGAGAUGACAGCACCAUGACAAUGGGCCACAUCUUCAACAAGGGGGACAGCAAUAUCAUCUCAAUGGGCCAUCCGUACAAUAAGGGUGAAUCCACUACAAUAUCUUUCACUGGCUUUCAUCUGGAACCUGAGACGAACCCUUCCGGCAGGCUCAUAAGUAGCUAUGACUUGUUAAUGGGCCAAUCUUCUGUUCAAACAUCAGAGCCAAUUGGUGAAAAAGAAUUGGUUGAUGCGAGUGUGGAUGUACUUGCAAAUAAUUCCCAAAUUGCAUCUGCUGGAACUGAAGCGGUUCCUAAGAAUAAGAUGGAGCUAAAAAUGUCAAAGAAGGUAGCUCCAAACAACUUCCCUUCAAAUGUGAAAAGCUUGCUAUCAACUGGGAUGCUUGAUGGAGUCCCUGUGAAGUAUAUUUCCUGGUCACGGGAGAAGGAGCUCCGUGGUGUUAUAAAAGGCUCUGGAUAUUUGUGCAGCUGUCAGACAUGUAACUACUCUAAGGUACUCAAUGCUUAUGAGUUUGAGCGCCAUGCUGGUUGCAAAACAAAACAUCCAAAUAACCACAUAUUCUUUGAUAAUGGGAAGACUAUUUAUGGAAUAGUCCAAGAACUAAGGAGCACACCACAGAAUAUGUUGUUUGACGCAAUUCAAACUGUGACAGGCUCACCGAUCAAUCAAAAGUCCUUCCGUGUUUGGAAAGCAUCAUUUGAAGCAGCAACACGUGAACUUCAGCGCAUCUUUGGAAAAGAUGAAGCACAACAAUCUCAAAGUGAAGUCUUUUAGUGUAUGUCGUGCAAAUAUUUAAGGUAGGGUAAUCCUAUCAUUUUGUAAAUAGAUGCAUACAUCAUUUUGGUAGUUUUGUACAAGCAGUAUGGACAUUGAAAUGAUUUGGAUAAUAUGAUCUUCACUAGUUUACCGAUCUAAAAAAGAAGAAAGAAACAGGAAUCUCACUAUUUUAAUGCAACAUAGAAUUAGCCUAA